AUGUUGGUAGAGUGCCUGCUACAUCAGUAUAUAAUGAAAGAGCCUGUUAAAAAGGCAGACAUGUUGAAGUUAGUCUGCAAAUCAUGCAGCAAGAACUUCCCUGAAAUUCUCAGGAGAGCCUCUGAGCACAUGGAUCUGUUCUAUGGUCUACAAUUAAAAGAAGUUGAGCCCAAUGGGAACUCCUGCACCCUUGUCAACAAUCAAGAUGACAUCAGCUGGAGAUUUCCUGUAAGUGGCAUCCUGAUGCUUCUCUUGUGUGUCAUCUUCUUAAAUGGCAAAUGGGCCUCUGAGAAUUUGAUCUGGGAAUCCCUGAAAAUCAUGGGCAUUUAUGACGGAAAGAGUCACUUCAUUUUUGGGGAUCCAAGGAAGCUUAUCACCCAAGAUUUGGUGCAGGAAAAAUACCUCAUGUACCAGCAGGUGUCCAACAGUGAUCCUCCACACUAUGAGUUCCUGUGGGGUCCAAAAUCCUAUACUGAGACCAGCAAGAUGAAAAUCCUGGAAUUUUUGGCCAAGCUCAAUGAUAAGGACCCCACUGCCUCCUCUACCCAUUAUAAAGAGGCUUUGGAAGAUGAGGAAGAGUCAAGCCAGAGCCCAAGCUGA